GAUAGCUGCUGUCAUCGCUGCUACCAAAACAAACAGUGGACGAGAGAAGUAGACUCAGGCGUCAGCCCUCAGAACGCGCUUUUAUGGCUCUGAUACCGUAUUUCUCCGUAUUAUUUCUAUUAUUUAUAUUUACUGAUGUGAUUAGUGGUUAUGUGUAUAACAACGAGUUCAAGGAAGAGUUGCUGGUGAAGCCUCUGCCGUCGGGACAUGUCUACUCACACUUCGAGUUCACGACCACUUGGGCGACGCCGGGAAUCCAGGAAUCCGUGGAACAGUAUACAGAUUUCGAAUUUGAGCACUAUGACCUCUUUCCACGAGCCCUUGGGGAAAUUGUGGAGCGUUACCAUGUAAGAGAACUUCAUCUUAGCCUAACCCAAGGUUUUUGGCGUCAUCGAAAAUGGGGAUAUCCUGUCAUAGAUGCCCCACCAGGUGCCCAGUUGUGGGUGUGGUUCAACCCAUCAGAUGAAGACUUGGAUCAGACUUGGCGAGAUUUGGUGAAUGCUCUUAGUGGUCUCGUGUGUGCUUCUCUAAAUUUCAUUGAUUCAACUAAUACAGUUUCACCAGAACUUAGUUAUCGACCAUUAGGACUAGCUGAAAAGUGGUAA